CUCGUUCUUCUAAUUUUUUUUUUUUUUAGAAGAUGCAUCCCUCUUUACCAGUAAAAGCAGGCUUCUGCGACCAAUUAAAUAUCCUUGGACUCCACACGCUGCUGAAGGCUUGUAGGCCCCUCGAUACUUUGCCUUCGCCCACAGUAAGACCUUUCUGAAGUUUUCCGUCGUCUCAAUCAUCAUUUCGCGUUAUCACGGCGUCAGUUUUCCAGAUUCCAAAUUGCAAGGUCCGUAGCGUCUCUCAUCUUUCAGACGGAACUAAAAUCCAAACAUAAAUGAUAAAUUUCGUAAUUGAAAAAGAAAAAAAAAUCAUCAGCCACAUUGGUGCUUGGAAGUCCGGUUGCUGGAACGGUAGACGAAAUCCGACUGAUCCCAUCAACGCAUAUAGCAUCUACCCAUGAUCAGCCCAUCCAAAGAAUAAUGGAAACCUUUUCCCUGAUAUUAUAUAAAAUACACAGGAAACCUCUACGUUCUGAUCCGGAGAAAGGACCGCCGCUUCCCACGCCUCCCUCUUUUCCUCCAAUUAGCCGUCCUAACCUUUGUUUCCGGCCAUCACUCUCGUUCCAAGCGCCACUGACUCUUCCCUCGCCUCGCCGAUGGACUUCUGAAGAAAACCAAAAAAAUGCGAAAACCAAGACUUUGCCACGUGUUAUUCUGACAUUGGUGCUUCGCAUCUCUGCGCAUGCGGCUCUGCCUACCGUAAUUGGGCUCUGGAUUCAUUUGAUCCAUGGGACUGGCGAUUCCCGUAAAUCAUCGUCUAUCCCAUCCCUUUCCUGUAAUUUGAUCUUCGCGGUGGUAAUAUAAAUAUACGAAAUCCCUCCCCUUCCCUUUCCGAAAGGAUCCCCGCCUCGCCUCGUUUGUUUCUUUCCUCGGGCUUUCUUCUCCAUGUCUUUGUCUCCUCCGACCUCCGUGUCCUCGUAAGAAAGAGGAGAGAGAGAGAGAGAGGGAUAGCAUAUAAAGAUAUAUUAUGGAUAGUGGGGGUAACUCUCUGGCGACGGUGGCCGGGACGGACGGGACGAAGCGGCGGGUGUGCUACUUCUACGAGCCGGAGGUGGGGAACUACUACUACGGGCAGGGGCACCCGAUGAAGCCCCACCGGAUCCGGAUGGCCCACGCCCUCAUCGCCAACUAUGGCCUCCUCAACCGCAUGCAGGUCAUCCGCCCAGUCCCCGCCCGCGACCGCGACCUCUGCCGCUUCCACGCCGACGACUACGUCGCCUUCCUCCGCUCCGUCACCCCUGAGAGCCAGCACGACCAGAUCCGCGCCCUCCGCCGCUUCAACGUCUGCGACGACUGCCCCGUCUUCGACGGCCUCUUCGCCUUCUGCCAGACCUACGCCGGCGCCUCCGUCGGCGCCGCCGUCAAGCUUAACCACCAGCACCACGACAUCGCCAUCAACUGGGCCGGCGGCCUCCACCACGCCAAGCGCUGCGAGGCCUCCGGCUUCUGCUACGUCAACGACAUCGUCCUCGCCAUCCUCGAGCUCCUCAAGAUGCAUGAGCGUGUUCUGUAUGUGGACAUUGAUAUCCACCAUGGAGAUGGUGUAGAGGAGGCAUUCUACACAACUGAUAGAGUAAUGACAGUUUCUUUUCAUAAAUUUGGAGAUUAUUUUCCUGGGACAGGAGAUAUACGCGAUGUUGGAUUUGGGAAAGGAAAAUAUUAUGCUGUAAAUGUACCUUUAGAUGAUGGAAUUGAUGACGACAGCUAUCAAUCUCUAUUCAAACCUGUCAUAUCAAAAGUAAUGGAAGUUUUUAGGCCUGGUGCUGUGGUGCUUCAGUGUGGUGCUGAUUCCUUAUCUGGAGACCGAUUGGGUUGUUUCAACCUUUCAGUCAAAGGCCAUGCUGAGUGUGUUAGAUACAUGAGGUCGUUUAAUGUGCCACUAUUGCUGGUGGGUGGAGGUGGGUACACCAUUCGGAAUGUUGCUCGCUGUUGGUGCUAUGAGACAGGAGUUGCCCUUGGUAUAGAAGUUGAUGAUAAGGUGCCUCAACAUGAAUAUUAUGGCUAUUUUGCUCCAGAUUAUACCCUUCAUGUUGCACCAAGUAACAUGGAGAAUAAAAAUUCGCGCCAGUUAUUGGACAAUAUAAGAACAAGGAUUCUAGAUACUCUUUCAAAACUCCAACAUGCUCCUAGUGUCCAAUUUCAGGAGCGGCCACCUGAUACAGAGCUUCCAGAGGAAGAUGAAGAUGAAGAGGAUGCAAAUGGAAGAUAUGAUCCUGAUUCUGAUAGAGAAAUGGAUGAUGCUUCCCCUAUAGAUGAGACAUCAUGCAGACUUGCAAAUGAAAUACAGACCAUAAAAGCCGAGAGGGACAUUGUUGAAAAUGAAGUGAAAGAUCAGGAACCACACAAGUUAGAUGCAGAAUGUGCG